CGGCGUUGCCCUCGUGGCCGCGCCGCGCCCGUGGUUUGCGUGCUUCUUGGCCAAGAGUCCGGCGCGCAAUGCGGGUCGGGGAGAUAAAUCUCCGGGAUUUACACGCCCCGUUUAUUUAUCCGUCUAUAUAUCUGGGGUUUAGCCCGCUUAUUUAGGCCAGUGGUUGGUUCUUCGGCUCCUUACUCUUCUCCUGCCUCAUUUCUCAUCUUGUUUCUUGCGAUCUCGGCGAGGGGAUUCGUUUUCCAGAAUUGGGAGGGAGGAGACCGAUCGAUCGGGAAGGAAGGAGGGACGGCCAUGGGGUCGUUUUUCUCCAAGGAGAAUCAGCCCGGGGGGCGGCAGCCGCACGACUACAAUCACAGCCACAAUCAGAACAACGGUGCCGCGACUGCGAGCAGAGGGGGCAAGAAUCGGUAUGCCAAGAUCGGCGACGAUUACCACACCCUGGAGCAGGUCACCGAUGCCCUUGCGCAUGCUGGUCUGGAGUCCUCAAAUCUGAUUGUUGGGAUUGAUUUCACAAAGAGCAAUGAGUGGACAGGCAAAGUGUCCUACAAUAACCAGAGCUUGCACGCAAUGGGAAACACUCCAAACCCAUAUGAGCAGGCUAUUUCCAUCAUAGGGAGAACCCUUGCACGCUUUGAUGAGGAUAACCUGAUACCAUGCUUUGGAUUUGGCGACGCAACUACUCAUGAUCGGUCAGUAUUUAGCUUUAAUCAUGAUAACCAGCCCUGUGAUGGCUUCGAGCAAGCACUUUCUCGGUACAGAGAAAUCGUUCCACAACUUAAGCUGGCUGGUCCAACUUCAUUUGCACCAAUCAUUGAGACUGCUAUUGGAAUUGUUGAUAGUAGUGGUGGCCAGUAUCAUGUCCUGCUUAUAAUAGCAGAUGGACAGGUUACACGCAGCAUUGACACAGGCAAUGGACGGUUGAGCCCACAGGAAAGGGAGACCAUAGAUGCCAUUGUGAAGGCUAGCGAUUACCCUCUUUCAAUUGUGCUUGUUGGGGUUGGUGAUGGACCAUGGGACAUGAUGAGGCAAUUCGACGACAACAUACCUUCUCGGGCAUUCGACAAUUUUCAGUUUGUGAACUUCACACAGAUCAUGUCUAGACCUAUACCCACAAGCAAAAAGGAGGCCGAAUUUGCUCUUUCAGCAUUGAUGGAGAUCCCAGAACAGUUCAAAGCAGCAAUGAGUCUCCAGCUUCUUGGCAAACGAAGAGGAUUUCCCAACCGGCCAGUGUUGCCUCCACCUGUGAGCAAUCAGCAACAGUACUCUGGAUUUUCAGCAGUCAAACAGACCCAAUCUACUAGCUACUCUGGCUGUUCAGCAGCCAAACAGACCCAAUCUACUGGCUAUGGAGCAGCACCGAAAACCCCAUCGGCGCCUCGAGAGGAUAGCGAUAUAGGUGAUCCGCAGACCUGUCCAAUCUGCUGGAACCAAGCGAAGAACCUUGCUUUCGGGUGUGGCCAUCAGACGUGCUCCGACUGCGCAAAGGAUCUGAAGGUGUGCCCGAUGUGCCAAAAGGCGAUCUCGGUGAGGCUGAAGCUCUACUGAAGCCCUUGAGAAACUCAUCAUAUGCAAUCACCAGUUGAAGGAGCAGCUAGCUUUUGAUAUGAAUUAAAUACUAUGAGGUUUUGCAACUUGCAGUAUGGACGACGACGAGGCUCAAACUUAAUACACUCGUGCCUGGUUAUAGCAGCAUAAACACAGCUGAUAACUAAAGAAACAGUCCAUAUUAUAAGCGAUUCAGUAUUUUCUUA